CUCUGUCUGCUGGGCCCAUCCGUCACACAAGGAAAGUUCCUGACCCUUAACAUUUAUUUGUGACCAAAUUAUUUCACGCACACUUAUCAUUGUCUUCAUAUUUUGGAAAUAAACGCCACACCUCCCUGCUUUGAGGAAGAACACAUCUGUAGCUUAUCGUCAAAACGAUGCCAAGCUUUUGACUUCCCUGCAAGCUGGUCUGACUGAAAGUUUGGGACUGACAAGAUGUGUUCCACUGUGGAUGUUCCACCAAGCGCCGUUGGAAGAGGAGUUGCUGGCAGCAACAACAACAAUAACAACAGCAGCAGCAGUGAAAACACUGGAAACUCAGGUUCCCAGUAUGCACUCUGUGCUCUGGGCGUUGGGCUUGUUGCCCUGGGCAUUGUGAUGAUUGUUUGGAGCGUGGUACCUGUAGACGCGGCUGGAAACAACAACAACAGCAGCAGCAGCGGUUCAGGAGAGGGCAGUGGUACGAGCGGGAGGAAACAUAAAGCGUCCUCCGUGGCCUUCGUGUUGGUGGGCUCCGGGGUGGUCAUGCUGCUGCUUUCCCUCUGUCUGGGGAUGAGGAACAAACAGCGGGAGCAGCUCAUGCUGCAGGAGGCUCAGAGCCACAGAGUGGCCGCUCGGGAGCAGGUUGAGAGAGAAACUGCCGAGGAGCAGGCCGAGCGUUACGCUGUCCCCAGCUACGAGGAGGUGGUGGGCAGCGGCCAGUACCCUGUCAGUCAGAGCAACCUCCGCCCGAGCCCCUCCCAACUGCCGUCCUACGAUGACCUCGUCCAAGUUGACGGGGUACAGUAUGAAUUUGAGGAGUCGGAGGUUACAACUCCCGGAUCGCAGCCGGCUCCGCCCGCUGCAGCUUCCACAUCAAAUCGCAAAGCUGGGAAAAAUAACCGCAAGCUCCUCCCGAUCAAGAUCCGCAGGAUUAAAUCUGAGAAGCUGCAAAUGAAGAACAUUGAUAACUCUCAGCCAGCAGCUGGGUUCAGUAUAGAACCGCUGACCCCUCCACCGCAGUAUGAGGAUAAAGUGCCUCCCAUUUAAUAUCAAGCUGAUCGUGUUUAAAACAAUCUACUGACAUUCCUGGAAUCCUCCAUGAUUUCCUUUCAUGGAACUGGAUCUGCGUCUUGAAAAGACUUGAAGAGGGCUCUUCCUGCAAAACAUUCGGAGUGAAACAUUUUUAUAAAACACUGUUUUUGUUCUAACUCAUCACUACGUGUCAUAUCACUCCAAAGCACAGAACAGAGAAACCUUUAUACGUUUCUAACGUUGGAUCUCUGAAACACACAGACAGUGAAACACAAACUUGCUGGAACCUUCCUCAGUGUGACAGAUUCUUUCAAACUGUGGCACGUUGGACUAAAAGCACACACCAAAAGUCGUUUUCUGAUUAUGCAUCGUCUUUGGGUGGUCCAAAGUGCGCUGACUGUAGAGGUGAGUGGACGGGGAAAGAGAUCAUAGGACAUCGUGGGGCGGUUGGCUUUGGAUUACUACCAGCGGUUUACCAAAUGAACGCUUCAUGCUGACAUUGUAAUAUGUGCUCAGCUGGCUUGACAUGAUGUGGUAUGCCUCACUAAAACUCCCCCUCCGAGUUAGAAAUAUAUUCUCUCCUUGUCCUCUAGAGCUUUGCAGAAAAUGAGAGGAUUUUGGCCAAUGUUGACACUAGCUUCAGGUUUUCUUUGUCCCUCUCAUUUAAAAGCUGAAACAUGAAACUAGGGUUUACAUAUUCAAUGAUGGGGAAUCGACUGGACAGCGUUAUUUAAGAAACUACUAAGACAACAAAGCUUUGUUAGCAUCUAUCUGCUCCCAUGACUCUAGGCCCUCUACCAGAGCCUGACGAAAUGUAGUUGUUGAACGCUAACAGAAUAUCACUUGUUUUGAUUAGAAUAUAAAAGCACUUAAAUGUUACUGAAUAUCAGCACAUUUAAGAGAAAACCUAGCUUUUAUAUUUCUCCCUAGAAAGACUAAACCCUGUGCUGUACAUGGGCUGGAGGCUAGUUUGAAAACGGUGUGGAACUUAAGCUGAUGUCUCUAAGGUUGUGGGUGUUUCUUUACUAAGCAGUUCCAAAAUCAGGUGUCAUUUGUCUAAUUUAUGCAUCAUGAAAUAGUAUUUUUACUUAAAGCUGUAGUAAGGACUUUGACCUUUUUGAAUGCACAAAGAUGCCUAAACAAACCCAACAUCAGCUCAUGUUUUUUGACAAGCUAGUACAAUUUUGCCUAACUAUCGAAACAGAUUAUCAUGCUAUUAUUAGAGACAUGUUUCCAACUAAGUGAGCAGUGAAAGUCUAGAUUUAAGUUGAUUCCUAACCUUCCUGAGAAACAUAGAUUGGACUUUAGCUUGCUAAACUCUCCUUACAAUGAACUCAUUUAGUUUGGUUCUCUUCCAUAUUUCUCAUGAGACUCAGCCAUAAGUCUAGCUAAACAAUGAGCUUCAGAGUUUGUGAGUGUCCAAACAAACAGACAUUAGGAAAUGUAAACUACGGUUAGUGAGAUACUGGGAGGGGACUGUGAUUCAUUUAUUGGCUGAAUUCUUAUAUUUACACUUGCAUAAAGCAGCUCAUAGCUUCCUUUCUCAAAGAGAAAUUACAUUCUGGGAUGUAGACGGUCUCAUUCCAUGAAGUCUUUAAGGAGUGCCUCUGCUAACCCCCUGCAGGAGUUUGCCCUCCACUUUCACACCCUGAAGUGAAGUGCCUUCUGUGUUCAUAACAACUCUGCUGCUUCUCCAAAAACAUUUUGAAAAGGCAUUGUAUGACUGAACCUGAGCUCCUCCAAUGCAGUGUUUAAAAAGAGAAGGAAGGAGGUGAGAGCAUAAUGGAAGGAGCCGUUGAAGGCAGAAGUAUAGUCUCUGCUUCUCUCCCCGCUUUCUAUUUCGUAGUCAAAAAAGAAAAGAAAAGCUUGUUGACUGUGCAGCUGCAACAUAACAACAGCAGCCAUUGCUCUCUCACUUGCUCAUCCCCAUUGCUCCAACCACAGUGUGAAUGAAUUCACUCAGAAGUAUGCAGAGAAUGAGCAGAGAAAAGACAAAGUGGCCUGAGAUCCAAAACCGUGCACUAUUUCAUUAUUACCUGUCAACCUACGAUUUGAGUUUAAAUGUUAUGAAGUUGUAUCAUUAAACAUUGUUUCCUCUUUUGUUGUGUGAUAUAUAAGCCCCAUUUCAUUAGUGACUUUAUCACCGACAUCUACACUGUGUGUUUGAGUCAAAGUCAGUGUAGUUAAUGCAGAAAAGCUCCUCAAUCAUUUACAGCUGGUCGUAUUAUAUAUUGCCAAGUCCGUGAGAAAAGCCUUUCAAUGGCUACAUUCACCAGGCCUUUAUUCUUUUGUCAUGUUCAGUACUGCCGACAUAUUCAUCGUACCUCGUUUUGUAAAAGACCAUUUCAUUACAUGAUUGAUUUUAUAUGACUGUAGUCAAAAUGUUUUACAUUGAUGAAAUCAUUUAGAAGUCACUUUCUGUUUUACAUAGACGAGUGUCCCAAACACAUGCUGUCAGUUCAUUUAUCAUUGCUUUUUUACUACUUCAAUCUUUCUUUUAUAUGUACUGUGAAAAUGUGCUUUUCUAUGCUCAUUCUAUAUUUGUUUGUGGAAAAUAAGAGUUUUUCUCUGAAGAGUUAAAAUGUAUCUCAUGAAUAUUGAAUGAGAAAUAAAAGGAAGUAUUUGUUAAUUAAU